UCGUUAAUUAAAAUCUUUACAAAUUUAAUUUUUUUUCUAUGCUAUUUGUAGAUAUUUUAUCAAUUCAUUCAUUCAUUUACAAUUUAAUUCUCAUUAAGAAAAUAUAUAUCAGAAAAAAAUGACACUACAUAUUAUGUAAUCGAUACUUAUCUCAAAUAAUAACCAUGAAACAAUCUUUUAGGAUUUCAUCAGCUAAAUCAUCUAUGUUGUACGAUUUUUUUUAAUGAAAAGUACACCUCCUUCAGUAUAUACAGAGAUAUUUUUCUAUUAAGAAGAAACAACAAAUUGCACUGUCAUCAUUUCUAUUGCAUUUUCUUUUGCUCGUUCUUCAUGUCCAUGUUAUGAUGACGAAGCAGAAUAAAGUAGAACAGUACAUGGCUUUUUUUCUUUGAUAUAGAUACCUACUUUUACACAAAAUUUAUUCUCAUUCUUCUUUUAUUCUCUAGAAAAACUCGAUUCAAACAACAUUAAUGCCAUCAUACAAACUUUCUUACUUCAAUGGUCGUGGUGUCGGUGAAGUAUCACGAUUAAUCUUUGCUGCUGCUGGUCAAAAAUAUGAAGAUGUCCGUUAUGAAGUCGAUCAAUGGCCAGCAUACAAAGCUGAAAUGCCAUUGGGACAAAUGCCUGUUCUUGAAGUUGAUGGUAUUAAAUUACCACAAUCAGCAGCAAUUGCAAGAUUUCUUGCUAAACAAUUUCAUUUAGCUGGUAAAGACAACUUUGAACAAGCAAAAGUCGAUGCUGUUGUUGACACAAUUUAUGAUACAUACAAAGCAUGGGCACCAUCCCGUUUCGGAGAAGAUCCAGUCAAAAAAGAAGCACUCUCAAAAAAAUUCUUUGGUGAAGAACUACCAAAACAAUUACAAAACCUUGAAACUCUUGGUAAAUUAUAUGGUAAUGGUGGUCAUUUCUUUGUUGGCAAUCAACUAACAUGGGCUGAUUUAUUCUUUCAUACUAUUACAGAAACGCUUCUUGGAAUAAACGCUGAUUGUUUGAAUAAUUUUCCAUGGCUAAAACAAAAUCGUGCUGAAGUUGAAAAACAACCUAAAAUUGCAGAAUAUCUUAAGAAUCGAUCUAAAACAGAAUUAUAG